UACAAGAAUUAGUUAAAUUAAUAUAAAAAAUAGAUGCUGUGACAAUUUAUCUGAGAUCCAUUCAACUCCGUGCUGUUAGGCCAGACAUUCCACAUUUGAUAUGUUCAAGGACAAAUCCAUUCUACACUAGUUUAGUUUGUUUGUGUUUCUCUGCCAAAAAUUUCAAGUUUUGAAGCAUGCAGCUUCUACCACCAUUCACCAUCAUUAAACUUCUCAUACUAACAUUCUAUUUACAACUUCAACCCAUUCCCAUUCACACACUCUCUCUCUGCAAAACCUCAUGCGGCAUCAUUCCCAUAAACUACCCUUUCGCCUUAGAAGACGGUUGUGGGGCCCCACAAUUCCGAAACAUGUUCAACUGCACAACAACAAAUGAUCUAUUCUUUCAAACACCUUCUGGUUCUUACAAAGUCCAAUCCAUCGACUACAACAAAAAAAACAUGGUUCUCUACGACCCAUCAAUGUCAACAUGUUCCAUUCUUCAACCUCAUCACGAUUUCCUCAUGACAGAUAUUCAAACCGCUAUUAUCCCUCCGUCGCAGGACACUGUUUUCGUUCUUUUAAAUUGUUCUGUUGAUUCCCCUGUUCUCAACCAUUACAAAUACCUCUGUUUUAACUUCGAAGGUCACACGUGUGAAGAGCUUUAUGGUGGUUGUAAUGCUUUUAGGGUGUUCAAUUUGUGGACAAAUAGUAGUAGUAGUAGUAAUAGUAGUAGUUUUUCUUCUUCUUCUUCUUCUCCACCGUGUUGUUUCACGAAUUAUAAUACUUUGAAGUUUAUGAGUAUGAAUAUUUUGGACUGUACACAUUAUACUAGUGUGUUUAACAGUGAUAAGUUGAAGGGUGUUGGUCCUUUGGAUUGGAUUUAUGGGAUUAAACUUUCUUUUAGUGUGCCAGAUGUUGGAUGUGAAAGUUGUAGAGAAUCUGGCGGGAGUUGUGGGUUUGAUACUGAUACUGAAGGCCUUCUUUGUCUUUGCUCAAGUUUCAAUAAUUCAACAAGGGAAUGUGGCUCAGGUGGUGGAGGCAUGAUAUCAGAAGGAAAGAGCAAUGCUCCUUGGACAAGACACCUAUUGAUUUUGCUACUUGUAGUUUUCCUUCACACGGUGAUGGGGCUAAUUUGACAUCAGUUUUAAGUUUAGUUGUGUUCUACUCCUUUGUGUUGUUGCGUGUUAUGUGAUAACGUGCUUCUUUCAGAAUUGGACACUCUGUAGUCUUUAUCUUUUUGGUUUUAUUACAUGUUCACAAUGAGCAUGACAAAUGGACUAAUAAUAAUCUAAAACAUAAUUAGAGUAUAUGUCAACUAGUAGAUUGCAUUUAAAUUGAUGUUUAUGUUUAUACUAU